AGACCGCAGCCAAUGGCCGCCGCCGGAUCGCGGGGCUGGAUUACCAGGAGACGAAUGAGUCUCAAUCUUACUGGAUUACAGAACAAAGACAAAGACACGGCGGCGCUGCGAGGGCACUAAACACGCGUUAUACACUAUAUGACUCUCUCUGCGGGCCGGAUUACGGCGCUCCGACGGGACGGGACGGUGAUGGAUUAAGACAAAGGGGAGGAGGGGGGGAACGUAUUCCGGGAUUGACGGCGCGGCUGUUUUUAACCGUUACAGAGGCAUGGCUCAGAUGAGGAAGCUGGCAUGCGACGGCGUCAGGACGAACUCCCGGGGCGACCCGCAGGCCCCGCUGGUGUCGGCCCGACAGGAGAUCCUCACCAGCCUGGUGUCCGCCCUCGACUCUGUGUGCAUGGCCAUGUCUAAGCUCAACGCCGAGGUGGCGUGCGUCACCGUGCACGAGGACAGCGUGAUUGCCGUUGGCACAGAGAAGGGCAGAGUGUUCCUCAACUCCAGGAGGGAAAUCCAAACAGAUUUCUACAAGUUUUGCCGGGGGCCGUGUCUGCAGAAUCUGACCACAGCUAAUGCCCAUACCAAAGACCAGGAAGGAGAUCUCAGCAAACUGAGUAAGGAUGGUGAGCACGGGAAGUCGAGAGCUCCAUCGGACGCUCAGUCCAACAUCUUCGUUCUGAGGAAGAUGGUGGAGGAAGUCUUCACUGUCCUUUACAGUGAGGCUGUGGGGAAGAGCAGCCUGGUCCCUGUGCCUUAUGAGUGGAUCCAGAAGGACCCCGGCUGUGUGGCGGCCCACGGUUUGCCUGAGGGGGUCGCCCUGAAGAAGCCCUCCGAGUACGACACCAAGACCCUGAUGAAGAUCUUGGAGCAGAGCCACCGCAUCCAGUUCACAGUAAAAAGGCCAGCAGAAGAUCUGCCUCGAGAAGCCAAGCCCAGCACUGAUGUUAAUCACAACUCUUCCACCGCCGCCAUGACGCCCAGCAGCCUCGGCGUAGGGAAGACCGCCGCCCAGGUGGUCACGUCAUCGAGUCCCGCCACUUCCAGCAACUCUGUCCUGUCGAACUUUCUGUACGGCAUGCCCAUGUCCUCCAAACCUCACCCGGACAGCAAGCUGGAUUUCAAGCCCAUGUCCCUCCUCAACCUGGGAAAGGACCGACUGACCAACUGGACGGCAGGGACGGAUAAGAUGAGCACGUCUGUCAAAGACUGUGGUACCAACGAUGAGACAACUCGACUACCUGGUGAUCAGGGUCAGAGCCCUCCUGGCAUCCACAUCUCUAAGAGGCUUCUCUUCUCCAUAGUGCACGAAAAAUCAGAGAAAUGGGACUCUUUCAUUCGGGAAACUGAAGAUAUCAACACGUUGAGAGAAUGUGUACAGAUCUUGUUCAACAGCAGAUAUGCCGAGGCCCUGGGUCUGGAUCACAUGGUGCCUGUCCCCUACCGCAAAAUCGCCUGCGACCCAGGAGCCGUGGAGAUCAUUGGCAUCCCCGACCAGAUCCCCUUCAAGAGACCCUGCACCUACGGAGUUCCCAAACUCAAACGCAUCCUGGACGAGCGCCACGGGAUCCGCUUCAUCGUGAAACGAAUGUUUGAUGAAAGGAUUUUUACUGCUGCUGGCAAGAUUGCGAGGGAGGAGGGGAAGCAUGACCCGGGCUCCAUGCCCGAAGACGGCUUCCUCGACAAUCUGAGCAUCCCGCCCACGACAGCCGAGCCGAUCAGCAAUCCUCACAGCAGCAGAUCAGCAAGUGCAUGCGUGAGUCCCUUGGCUGACUGUGAAGCAGGUCCUUCAGGAGAUUGCAUUCCUCUGAAAAGGAUUAAAACGGAGCCUCCAGAUGGGGACAUCAUUCAAGUCACUGUGCCAGACGCCAGUACCGGUGGAGAGGAGCCCAGCGAGUCUGUGUCCGAGCCGGUCCCGCCAGCAGCGUGUCCAACCACGGCCUCCCCGCCGCCCACUGCUUCCACUGCUUCCACUGCUCCCACUGCUCCCCAUCACCAACCGGAAAACCACGCAGCUGAAGCUCUGUCACCGAGUUCGACAUCUCAGAGCAUCAGAAGAUCCUCUGAAGCAGGGAGUCUGGUGGAGGACAUUGGUGAAAUGAUCCUUCAGCUUCGGAGACAAGUGGAGAGCCUCUUCAGCAUCAAGUACGCCGACGCUCUCGGCCUCCCUGAACCCGCCACGGUUCCCUACUCCAAGUUCCAGAUGUACCCGGAGGAUCUGUACGUCAGCGGGCUGCCCGAGGGGAUAUCGAUCCGCCGGCCCAACUGCUUCGGAGCGGGCAAGCUGCGCAAGAUCUUAGCUGCUAGCAGUCAGAUCCAGUUUGUCAUCAAAAGGCCUGAGCUGCUAACCGAGCAAGUAAAACAAGAGAUGCCUUCAAUGCCCAUCUGUGAUCCAGAGUUGGACGCCAACGAUGCAGCACUGCUAACGGAGGAUUCUGCAGCCGGAUCCAAGAGACCCGGUUUCUCAGAGUGCCUGGAGUCCAAGCUGUCCCGCAUCGACCUGGCCAACACGCUGCGAGAACAGGUCCAGGAUCUGUUCAACAGGAAGUACGGCGAGGCGUUGGGCAUCAAGUACCCGGUCCAAGUGCCUUACAAGAGGAUCAAGAACAACCCGGACUCGGUCAUCAUCGAGGGCCUCCCCCCCGGCAUCCCCUUCAGGAAGCCCUGCACCUUCGGCUCCCAGAACCUGGAGAGGAUCCUGGCGGUCGCCGACAAGAUCAACUUCACCAUCACCAGACCUUUUCAAGGACUCAUUCCAAAACCAGCACCUCGACGUGUCACUUUACUAAAGAAGGCCUACGCCUCCAUAAGUGAUGAUGACGACAUUAACCGCAUGGGAGAGAAAGUAGUCCUCCGAGAGCAGGUCAAGGAGCUGUUCAACAAGAAAUACGGCGAGGGUCUGGGCUUAGACCGCUCCGUCGUGGUCCCCUACAAGCUGAUCCGCGGCAGUCCGGAGUCCGUGGAGGUCGGCGGCCUUCCGGACGACAUCCCCUUCAGAAACCCCAACACCUACGACAUCGUGUGCCUGGAGAAAAUCCUUCAAGCCGCAGAUAAAGUAACAUUCAGCAUCAAGAGCCAGCUGCAGCCUUUUGCAGAAAUCUGUAGUCAGCCUUGUAACACAGCAACAACAGACACCUCGACCAACCGGCGAAAACGCAAGAGAGUCCAGGAGAGCAGCCGAGUCCCCGCCUCCUCCGACCUGAUAUCAACCAAUCAGAUUCCAGUGAUGCAGUGGCCCAUGUACAUGGUGGACUACAGCGGGGUGAAUGUGCAGGUUCCUGGGAAAGUCAACUACUGAAGGACGGACCUGGAACCACAGCAUCAGAGGAAGAAAGGAGGAGGAGUCUGCCGGAGCGCGACUCACCUCUCCGCCUCACUAACACUUUGUCAGAGGCGAAACAAACUGACUGAGUACAGAGACACGAUGAGGAUCAGCAGAAUGUACGCGGAUCAAAAGCUCCUUUUCCGAGGCAGCAGUCACUCUCCUUCUAAAGCCGAUCACCACGGCAACAUCGUUUGUUUUUGUUUGUUUUUUCUGCAAAGAUAAAGACGUCACUAACGUUUUUGUCCAUCCACUGAGUCACGUCGCUGUAUCCGGAAUCUGGUCGCAAUGUAUGACUGACAACAACAUCAACAACAACAACAACAACAACAUUAUGUCUUUGAAAAACAAUCUGGUUCCAUAAUAUUCAGAUAUUUGUACUUUUUAUUUAUUAUAUUUAUUGAAAUAUAACAUUAUGUGCAGGGAUGUAAAAUACAUGAUUCCGUUAUUCAGCUAACACUAACACACAGACGCUACCGGUCUCUGAGUGACAACAGGAAGCAGCUGGAAUCAGAUGAAACAGCAGCUAAUGAAGUGUCUUAAUUAAAGGAAAUUAAAAAAAAACAUUAAAGGAGAUGAAACGGACUCGACACGGUAGAACGUCAAAAAUCACCAGAGCUUCAGUUCACAGCCUUUUUCUGUUAGCACCGCAUUAACAUGUAAGAUAUGUCAUUUAACAGUCAGCCUGAAUGUAUCAUGUAAAGGAAAGAAUGGUAUGUUAUUACUGCGAUGACCAUAUUUAAUAAUGCUGUACCUUAACGCCAAUUAGGCCUUUGAAAUAAAAUGUGUUGCCUUGCACUUUUCA